UCCCUCCCUCACUAUGAUGGUCUCCAUUCGCAGUUCAAUGCGUUUCCUUGACGGACUCAAACUGGCAGUGGUUAAAGUCAUUGAAUACAUCACUGGUGACUAUCCUCCUAUUACUGAGGUGACAUUGUUUGCUGAUAUUGCAGUCCAGCACCAGCGUACAGUGAUGGGUAUUGAUGGAGGCAACCUUCAGGACAUCAUGCAUGAGACUUGCACAUCGAUCCAUUUUCCUGAUCCUCAUUCACGCUAUCGUAGCAGUCAGAUCAGUAUCAUUGGAGGAUUAGAGAACGUGUUUGAUGCUAGACAAAGAAUAAUGGGUUGUUUGCCAGUUGCUAUUUUGUUUGAUGUCAUUGAUGAAUCAGAGCAGUUGACCUCAGGAUAUCUUGGUGAAUUAAUGCAGUCCUUGGAUAUAUACAUCAGUAUGAAACCAAAAGGGAAGAACUAUAUACAGGUAAUGAGGAAAUAG